AUGACACUACUCCAUUCUGGUAACUCAGGCGCAAGACAGACUCGGAAAGCUAGAAAAGCGGACUCCGAAAUCUUGUCAGAGGGUAGAAAAGCCAACUGCUACCUGUCUACCGCUCUCUCGAUGGAAUACUGUUUCACCGUUGUCAACUGCAUACUAGGGCUUAUGUGGCUCGAAGAGCCACACGAGAAGCCUGAGGCGACGAGUAGCUAA